UUGGUUGAAGGAUAAAGCGCAGAACCUGCUUCACUGUCGCUCAGUAGCUGCUGACAAUGCCAGGCUUAACGCUCCCUCCAUUCCCCGAUAACAUACCUAUACAUCCCUUGCUAGUCAUCGAUUAUGAGCUCCUGAAGGCUGGCGACAACGAUGAGAUUGAGAAACUCUGGAAAGCCGCGACGGAGUUGGGUUUCUGGUAUCUGAAGAAUCACGGCGCUGAUGAGGAAGUGAACGGGAUGUUUGACUGGGGUGCGGAGACGAUGGCCCUCCCACUUGAAGAGAAACUCAAGUUCGCACAAGGCGAAGGAAUCAAGACCUAUGGAUACAAGCCGCUGGGUCAUGUUGCGACAAACGAAUAUGGCAGCCCAGACAACAUCGAAUUAUUCAAUGUCUCCAAGGAGGACGUGCUUGCCUACCCAGAUGUAGUACAUACUACGUAUCCGUCGACCGUGAACGCCCGCAUGGAGUCUACAAUUAUUCCCUUCACGCGCAAAUCGUUGGAUGUCGUCGAGACUACCAUGACUAUAUUUGAGAAGAAGCUCGGCCUACCAGCAGGUGCGAUAAUGAGGCUCCAUCCUCUAAUGGAGCCAAGUGGUUGCGAAGCGCGUGUAAUCAAGAGCCCACCAAAAUACACUGCGAAUCCCGACGGUAAAGUCGAUAUGGACAAAGUAUCCCUUGGUGCUCAUACGGACUUCGGAUCUCUAUCGUUCUUGCACAAUCGACUUGGUGGCUUGCAGGUCCUUCCACCUGGAAGUCAGGAUUGGUAUUAUGUCCGCCCGAUGCCUGGACAUGCCAUUUGCAACAUUGGAGAUGCGCUCUCGAUGUUUUCUGGUGGCGCCUUGCGUUCAAACAUGCACCGAAUCGUGCCUCCGCCAGGUGCUCAAGCCGCUUAUCCACGCUGGUCAGUUGUCUUCUUCUCACGGCCUGCAAAUACCGUACGUCUUCGCGCUCUUGAAGAAGGUAGCGUUGUGAAGGAAGCACUUUCGCGGAUGAGCCCCGAGGACAGGGCGAGAUAUGAUCCGAAUGUCACGCAGGGCGAAUGGUAUGCAAGGAGGAUGGAUGGAAUUAGUCUGAAGAAUAGAAAGGGGCCUGAGACGUAUCGUGCAAGUCGGGGGAUGGAGCAUAAGCCUGGAGCAGUCUAAAACAUUCUAAAAAGUCAUUAUAUGAUUAUCCAACUACCCGAAAUCAGACCGAUUGUACUGAGUUGAAAGGGUCCAACUCACAUAUGUAGCUCUAUGAUGCCGUUAUCCGGACGUUUUGUAAACAGAAUUACUUUGCC